AUGCAAUGAUUUAAUCUUUUAUUUAAUGUGCCAAGCUAUUACCUCUUAAAUCUGGUAUUGACGCUUCAAUCCUGGCUCUUUUGUCCACCAAAUAAGUAAUUGUAAGUAGAUAUCAUUACAGAUAACUUAUUCUUUGACUGAUCAAAUCAUAAUUGGACUAUUGGAGCAUCUAUAAUAAAUUGCUUAAGAGGAAACCCCCAUUUUAGGAUAGACCAUUUUGAAGUUCUUAAGUGAUAAAUGAAUGUUAGAUUGCUUAAUAAAGUUAGUUUUGUGAAAUGUUUGUAUGAUUUAGAACGAGGCUGAAAAAUGAAACAUCCCCAUUCUAUAUACAAAUUCUACUCAGUAAGUAGUCUCAUGUGAAAUUAAGGAUAUGGAGAAAAACCAGAUUGAAUUCAACAAUCUUAUUUAGAACGUUGAAAUCUUGUGACAAAAGGAAAACUGAA